CCAUGUUUGAACAGCUCAGGGGCCGAAUCGAAUGUAUGCUGCGCUCUUCGCCGGUGGACUAGGCUGUGUAAGCCCGAGGCUCAAUCUGGAAAGGGGAUUGAAUCUUCUAUUUAUGUAGAAGGCUUUCAAUAUCAGCCAGAGGCGGCUCCAGUCAUUCGUCAAUGCGUGUCUCUAUUUGAAUUCACCCCUCCUCCUGACUGAGUCUUCUAAUCCUCUUCAGUAAGAAACACGCAAUUUUACAACUCUCAAGCCCUGCCACUUAAGCAGCAAUGAAUAAUUCCAGUGCAUCCCAAUCGGCCACAAACGUGGCCAAAGAAACUCCUACCCAGAAGACACCAGCGCCUCAGAUGACAACGAACAUGGCCGGAGCAACCGCUGCGCAGACAAAAGAAGCGUCAGGAACAACUGUUCGCCAAGUCACUGUCAGGAAGAUUGCUCCUGAGGAUCUAGGCAUCAAGAUUCGAUAUCAGCCAGAAAACGAAGAUGACAUCGAUAUAGACAUUUUGGCUGUGCCUGGUAUUGGGACCAAUCCUGAGAGUACCUGGACAUACUACGAACCCGACCCUCAGGACCCUCAGGACAAGUCCAAAGUUUCCAGGGUGAAGUGGCUGAGCGACGAUACAAUGCUUCCGUCACUCUUUCCUAAUGCGCGCAUAAUGACAUUCGGAUAUGACUCUUUUUGGUUCGGGGACGCCCCUCCAAAGCAAAGACUGGGUGGAAUUGCGACAGAAGUUCUGAUGGACCUCUGUGAACAGCGGAAGGAUUGCGAUCGUCGUCCGAUUCUCCUCAUAGGCCACUGCUAUGGGGGUCUUGUGAUGCAGCAGAUGUAUUUGCAGUCUCGACGUCGUUCAAGCGAGUAUCCCAGCAUCUACGACUCGAUUACAGGGAUGGUCUUCCUGGGCACUCCACACUAUGGAAGCAGUAUCUCCAACAUGGCAUCACUUGGCGACAUAUACGAAACAAUCCGGCAGCAAAAUUUGCAGACCGACGAUAGCCUCUUGAAGACUAUCGCUCACGACAACACGGUCCUUGUCGAGACUGUUGAUGACUUCGUAGUAGAUGUAAAGCAACAGGCACCUGGGCCUGAGAUAUUUUGCUUCUUUGAGAAGCGUCCUACACAAAUCGGCGUCAUAGCGAACCUGGACGACAAGCUGCCAGAGUUUGUGGUGAACGAGUCUUCGGCUUGCCUCGUCGGUUAUAGAAGGGUGGGCCUGACAACAGACCAUUUUAACAUGAACAAGUUUAGCAGCAACAAGAAUGACAACUACAAGAAGGUCGUUAGAGAGCUGAAGAAGAUGGGGGAGAAAUCGGAGGACCUUAUGAAGCAGAGAAGAGCAGCAAUGCAUGGCAGUAUAUCGGGCAACUUCAAUCAACAGACUGACUCGCAAGCUCACAAAUCGAUCCCCAUGUUGCCAUUCUCUGUCGCAAAAGGGUUCGCGCCUCGUGACGGCAUACUGGAGAAGAUCCAAUCCCACUUUGAACACUCGUCAAAGGUGGUGCUCGUCGGAGCUUGCGGCUCUGGAAAAACACACGUCGCAGUUGAGUACGCAGAUCGAUUCCACAAACAGAACCCAGAGGCCAAGAUAUAUUGCGUAAAUGCCAGCAACGCAGCGGACUUUGAGCUGUCCUAUUAUGCCAUCAAUGACAAGUUGAAGCUGAAAUCUGGGAGAAAAGGCAACGUCAUGGGAGCCGUGAGGGACUACAUGGCUCAGGGAGAAAGCGGAGAGUGGCUCAUGAUCGUCGAUGGCUUAGAUCAGGACAAGUCAAUUGGCGACACGGACAAACCAACAGCCAACCCACAUGGGAACGAUCCUGAUUCCCUGCAGUCGAUCCUCGACUAUAUUCCAGAUGGGCACACCUAUGGAGGUCAGGUGCUCGUAACGACUAGGUCCAAACGCAUGGCCACCAGGGUGAUCAGUCAACACAAGUACAUUGUUGAGCUUUCCAAGAAUUUGACCAAAGACGACGCCUUACAACUUCUUCUCUCUGGCAGCAAGAUGAAGGCAUCCUCGUCUAUGAAGUACCAGCCGAAGAUCGUGGACGCUCUCCAAGGGUCAGCUGGGGCGCUGGCACUAGUCCGCGCAUAUAAGGAGACUUUUGGUCCCGAUUUCUCGUGGAAGGAUCUGUGCGAUGUCAUCCAGACCUCCAUCAAAGACAACAUCGAGAAUCAGACACAGGCAAAUGACCACAUACGACACGUGCUAGGAAUUUGGAAACCUCUGUACGCCCAAUUAAGAGCGAAACACAACGAAGCCGCCGAAUUGCUUCACAUACUGUGUCGACUGGACGUUCAAAGCAUACCAGUCUUCCUGAUCGAUACCCGCUUCGAUGACAAGUCAGAACGGGAGAAGCACACAAAGGCGUUGAAAAAGCACGACAUGCUGGAGAUCUCAGUGAACAAGAGGGAUGCGCGUGUGACCCCCAUGAUACGACUUUUGGCCAACUCAAUGGUCAGCAGCCAGUCUGAUGACGCCGGAUUUCUUGACGAGGCGGCGUUGGGACUGGUGACUAAUGCGUUUCCAUCGCAUGAGACUGAAGACAACAUCAAGUGCAGGGCUCUUAAGCCAUGCGCCUUUGCGGCAUUGCGGCUUGCAGUCGAGUCACCGGAGGCAAACCACAAAAAGGCUCAACUCCUCUUCAGACUCGGCGCAUAUGAAAGACGUGUUGGUAAUCGCGACAGCGCUAUGAAGCUGCUCGAGCAGUGUAUAGAGUUAUGCAGAAAGGGAGAAAAGAGAUCUGAGGGAACCAGGAAACUGGAGAAAGAUGCCAGGAAGCUACUCGAGAGCACUCAAAAAGACCAUGGGAAAGCCCAACGACGACGCUCCAGAGAGAAGGACGGGUCGCCACCGGCCGGCCACCGCGACGACUCGCCAGGUACGAAGGCCAUCACAAUCAGCCCCAAGUCCAAAGCUGACGACGUCCGCAGCAUGAGCAAUUCCGUGCUGGGUGCUCAUCGCCGCGUGGACUGCACCGAAGACAACGUCAAGUCGCUCAAGCAGAUUGUGGACUGGUGCCGGGCCAACUACGGCCCACAGCACCGGGACACGGUGCGCCAGCAGUUCAACCUCGCCCUGGCGCUCGACGCCAACGGGGAGCACGCAGAGGCUGACAAGCUUUACCUGGAGACUGUCAAGAUCAUGGAGACCACCCACGGGAGCGGCGGCCUCAAUGCAGACCUUUUGCGCAUGCAGAAUGACCUGGCGCGAAGAUCCGCUGAGCAGGGACGCUACAAGGAUGCAGAAGCUCUCUGGUUGAAGGUGCUGCAAGACCAGACUGAGAGCCUCAGCCGCAACCACCCUGACGCUCUCCUCACGAGGAUGAACCUUGCGCUGGUGGCCCAAGAGCUCCGGCCAGGGGACCUCGAAUCACCGGCUGCAGAAUUGCAGAGCGUCCUCGCCACGCAGACCCGUCUUUUGGGUGACAGACAUCCUGCCACGCUGAGGACUGCUUCCAAUCUUGCACAGAAUUUCGGCCUUCGCGGCCGCAUCACGGAUGCGGGACCCUUGUUCAAAUUGUGUUUGGAAAUCCAGACGGCGAGCCUCGGGGAGAAACAUCCGGACACUAUGAGAACGUUGGCCAUGAAGAAGGAGCUCGAGAGUGAAACAGUUCCAGUGUGUUAAGGCAGAUGACACGAUCGAAUUGCCUUCAACACGGAGAGCGUAGAUUGAAUUUGUAGUGACAUAAUAUAAAAAUUGGUCAGGACUUUCA